AUGUACAGCAGCAAUCCAUAUGCUCAAGCCGGAUGGUACAAUCCAGAGAACCCAAUGUCAAUUAAUUCAAGAACAUUGAACGCAGCCUAUGUCCCUUCAGUGUUCGGUGCAUUACCUGCGGUCGAUUCUUCGUCGGAGGGACGCCUUUUAACGUUUAACAUGGGUUUAAAUAAUCCCGAUAUCUUAAAUUGCUCAAUAUGCGGGCCAACUGGGACACCAUACAUAGAGAUUACCAGCGAUUACAACUCCGCGCCUUGUACUUUCUUUCGCAAGCGGGAUGGAACUGUGCUGGCGCACAUAGAAUGGACAACAAGGCCAAUGGUAUCGAUACCUGGAAUCGUCAAUAAACAGCCUAUUAGCCAAUGGCUAACAUUGUCUAUUGAUAGGAGGUCGCGUAUGAUGGUAUCCAGAGACAAACCUUUUACUUGGGUGCCUAAGGAUAACCAAAUCGCACUAUUUGCAAAUGAACCGGCAUUCAGGGAUCCAUUGGCAACAAUUUCCAGAAUCAGAAACCUUGUAACGUUGAAGUUGUCUACAGAGGCUGUAACAGCUGGCUUGCUAGAAUCAUGCAUUGUAGCAACCGUGCUGCUACAGUCCGGGCGUAACAUUGAUUAG